GAGCCAGCAGUGAACUCUGUUUCGCGCGCUUCUGUCAACACGCGCGACAGGCUGAGACAAGACGAAACGGUCAACAUUCGGGUCGCGCGAGCGCAUUGUCUCGCGCUGUGGAAAAGCAGAACGGAGUGGUCGCACGUGAAGCCAGCUAUAAGUGACUACGACACAGUAAUCGGUAGAGAAAUCAUACCACCCGCACAACACCAUACAACCCAGCGGCAGUAACCCACCUCCACCUUCGCCUUCAAGAUGGGCAUCAUGGAGUUCCUUGACGACCACUCCUCCCACGGCGGCGCCAUCGGCGCCAUCAUCCGCGCCGUAAUCCGCUUCUUCCAAUUCAUCCUCGCCAUCGUCGUCUGCGCCCUCUACGGCGUCGACCUCCAAAACGCGCAUCGCGCGCACUCGUACACCGACGGACGGUGGGUCUUUGCCGAAGUCGUCGCGGGUCUGGCCGCGGUGACGACGAUUGUGUAUGCCGUGCCGUUCGUCAAGAGCUAUUGGGCGUUUGGGUGGGAUUGGAUUCUGUUUAUCCUCUGGACCGCCCUCUUCGGCCUUUUCGGCAGCCUCUACAUCCACUACCACCCCUCGCCCAAACAGUCCGGGCAGAUCCGCAUGAAGCACGCCGUUUGGGUGGAUCUGGUUAAUAUGCUGUUGUGGUUCAUCACAGCUAUCUACUCGACGCUCAUCUUCUUCCUCUUCCGCAGUGACCGGAGGACGCUGCAUACCGGUCGUGCUAAGGUCUAGGGGUCUGAGCGGAGGAGUGCCAAGCUUGCGGCGAAGGGCGAGUAUGGGAGGACUGGCUGGCCGGAGGCGGUGGAGGCUCUGAGGUUGGGGCAGACGAUGGGGGUGGUUCAAGGGUUGUAAUGAGGAAGGGCGGGAUAUGUGUCUUGGACAUUAUUGUGAAGGGGUCGUGAUGGCUUCUGUUGGGACAAUGGCAGUGGAAGAUUGGCGAUUGCCACCUGGUUCUGCGCGUUGAUACCCUUUUGCAGUAUCUCUAGCGUAGUGUUGAGAGCGUUCUACGAAUGAUGACUAUGAAAGCCAAUGGCUCAUGGCUGCACUACUUUAUCGAACAACCCAUUGAUUGUAGAGCUCUUAAGGUAUGCGAUUGCUCAGGGAAGUCAUGGUUGAUAUCAAGGUACAAGAGUGAAAGAGG